UACACAAGUCAUCUCUCUUGUCAAACAGAACAUAUGUUUUGUCACACUUUCAAGCUCUGUCAAUUCAUCUUAUUAAAUCGUUAAAAUUUUAAUCAGCUUCUUCACUCACAAAAUUGAAGUGUGACUCUUGUGGCUAACACGAGUCAAUUUUGCUUUACAUAAAGUUGUUUCUGAACCGUUGGUUAGAUUAGGGUUUGUUACAAGUGUAAACAGUUUUGUUCUAUAAAUAGGUAUAGACUAUAAAUCAAAAGUUUAUUUUGAGUUUAUCAAACUGUUGUUGCCAAUUUGAUUAAUGAUGAAGAAGACUGUUGCAUCUGAGAACACUGAUCAUAACGGUGAAGAACAAGAAGAUGAAAAAGAAGAAACAGGAGUGAAUUUAGAUGUUUCCAUGAGCAAACUUAACCUUGGUCCCAAGAAGAAGCUUCUUGUGCUUCCUAUGGGCGGGUUUCUCGUUCACCGGGCUCAUCGUCGUCGGCCAAACACCAUUCCGAAAAACCGCCAGCCAGAUUUUUGUUCUGGGAAUUUUAUGAUUUACAAGAGGCCAUUCUGUCAAGAGUUUUUGGAGUUUUGUUUUGAGAGAUUUCAAGUGGGAAUUUGGUCAUCUGCUAUGGAGCAUAACAUAGGUGGCGUUCUGACCAAUGUAAUGGGUACUGAACUCAAAAGCAAGCUUUUGUUUACUUGGGAUCAAGGCCAAUGCACGGACACAGGUUUCACGUGUCCAGACAACCAAAAGAAGCCGCUGUUCUUAAAAGAACUUAAACAUAUAUGGAAGAAAAAGUAUAUUUACGGUCCAUGGUCCGAAGGAGAAUACUCUGCAUCUAACACUUUAUUGAUCACCUAUCCCGUGAAGGCCCUUCUAAAUCCCCCAAACACUUCGAUUUAUCCUGGGAAUUAUGAUCCCGAAAACAAGGAGGAUGAUGUUCUAGGUCCGAAUAGCGAGUUACGGGUGUUCUUGGAGGGGCUUGCAGAGGCUAAAGAUGUUCAGAGUUAUGUGAAAGCUCACCCGAUUGGGGAUCCGGCUAUAACAUCUUCUCAUCCGGAUUGGGACUACUAUUCGAAAAUAAUUCGUGCUUUUGGUAAGAGAGUGCAGUGAUUACUAGAAGUUAUAUGAAUCAUUCAGAACAAGAGAGGGGGGGGGGGGGGGUUCGUGUUUAUUGUAUAUUUUAGUUACCAAAUUGUCUUCGUGUUUAGUGUAUAUUUUAAUUACCAAAUUGUCUUCA